AUGCUGCUGGAGCGCGAGGACGGCAGCUUCCUGUCGGGGUUGGAGGGCGCGUGCAGCGCCUGGGGGGACAGCGUGGGCUCGAGCCCCAGCGACGGCACCGAGUCCGACGUGGGCUCGCCCUCCUGCCAAGCUUUCUCUCCGGGAACCGAAGCGUCGGACUCGGACUUCUUCUCCGACCUGAGUGACUGCUCCUCCGACUCCCUGUCUCCCUCUCUCGGCUGCUCCGCUUCUCUCUUCGCGGACACGGUUCCGGUCCCCGAGCUGAGCAGCACGGCGGACGCCAUCCUCAACAUGAUCACGGAGAUCGUGGGGAUUUGCACCGACGUGACGCCCAGCGCCCCCUGUCGGCCCGCCGGCCCGGACGCCGGCCCGGACGCCGGCCUCCCCUCCCCGUCUUCCUCCUGCGCCUCCCAGCCGCCGCUGGUGAAGAGCGAGUUUGCAGCCUCCUGCUGCGGCAGCGGGCGUGCGCAGCAGCGCUCCGUGCACGGCGCGUGCACGGCAGGAGCCGAGCACCUCCUCCUCCCUGUGGAGCAACAGGCGGACGUGUCGGAUUUCCUCGAGUCCCUGUUGGGCGCGGAGUCCACGCAGGGCGGCGUGAAGUCCGGCUGGGGGGUCAAGCGGGAGCCUCUGGGUCUGGACGACUGGCUGACCGGGGAUUCCGACCACCGCGUCAUCAGCAAAGCCCCCACCACGCUGGACGCGCUCCUCCUCUCCUCCCUCCUGCCGGGCGCGCUCCCGACGGCCAACCUCAGCGGCGGGCACUCGCCCAAAUCCUCCCGGCGCGCCCCCGCCGCCAAAGUCAAACCAUUCCCGUGCGCCGUCAGCGGCUGCGAGCGCCGCUUCUCGCGCUCCGACGAGCUCAGCCGGCACGUGCGCAUCCACACGGGACAGAAGCCGUUCCAGUGCACGAUCUGCGCGCGCAGCUUCAGCCGCAGCGACCACCUGACCACGCACACGCGCACGCACACCGGGGAGAAGCCCUUCUCGUGCGACGUGUGCGGCAAACGGUUCGCGCGCAGCGACGAGCGGAAGAGGCACGGGCGCGUGCACGUCAAGCAGCAGCUGCGCGCGCAGAUGAUGGCCGCGUACACGCGGGCUUUGGCCGCGCCCGGCGUGCCGGCGGUCGCGCGGCCAUAG